AUGUCCGACGAGUCAGGGUUAACACAUGCUUGUGGUGUUUUCGCGUGCAUUAGAGCUGAUGGCGAUCCUUUAGAAGAAAUUGAUGUGGCCAGUAUAAUCUCCCUUGGCUUAGUUUCCCUUCAGCAUCGGUAAGUGUUAAAUUUUGGACGUCAGUUCCUAAUAUUUUCUCAAAUCGUUAAAUGCUAAUUAACACAACUAAUUCAAUGUUCAACGUCUGUAUGAACCACCAGCCCGGUUAAGUACGAAAGAUUGUUGUCUUGGGUACUAUGUGAUAUUAUUAAAGUUAAAAUUUGUUAUUUUCAGCUUUUUCUGCUGGGUUAUGUAUUCUAUGGUCCUUUGUAUUCCACAAACAUUUCGGUUUCCUUAUUAAAUAGUUCCUUUUCCUGUAAUUAAGAACAGAGAUAAUGGCAUUCAUUAAUUAUCCCUUUUAUAAGCUCCAAUAUCCACGUAGAGACUUAAAGGGUUAAUUGAUUGUGAAAGUGAUAAUUUGUUCAGGACUUGGUCCAUGAGAAAAGAUAGUUGAGCAGGGUUGUCACUAAGAUUUUAAGUUGCCGGGUAAAUACAACAAGUAGCCGGGGAAUCAAAUGGCUAGGGAUUUGUUUUGGUUCUAUUUUUCUACUAUUUUCCAAUAAAAGUAGCCGUGGGCCACUCUCUUAGUAGCCGGGGAAAAUCCCCGGCCCCCGGCUCUUAAUGACAACCCUGGUUGAGGAUGGGAUGAGGUGAGUCCAACUUUGGAGAUUAGCAGGGAAUGACAGAGAACUAAUAAAUGUUAUAUAUUUUCCUUUAUGACCUGAGAAAAAGAGCGCAUGACAGAUAACAGCUGCAAGAAACUGUCAGACCAGAAAUUUUUACAAUUAUUGAAUUUGGCUUUCGUAUAAUCUGAAGAAUUAUGGAGAUCGAGGAGGGUGUUAUACGGCUGAGGAGGAUAACGCCCCCCGAAUUCAAUAAUUGUUUUAUUAUUCAGUUCAAAAUACUUAUUCCUAGUUAAAAAACAACCUAAAACAUGCUUUCCUCCAUCAAUGUUAAGUUCAUCUUCGAUAGUGCAGGUUUAUCAGCAAGUUUAGGAGAUAAAAAGUUGUUAAGUUCUGCAAAUAUUCUCCAAAUAGCAAAUGCGUCCGUCAAGUUGUCUUCUCGCUGCCCCUGCUAUGUUUUUAGCCAAUAGCUUGCCUAUUUCUUCCUCUUGAAACAAGUGAAAUGUUCCACCAUUUUGUGCCCACUACCAAAACAACUCAACCUUGUCUCCAGCAGGUCUUCUUGGUUAACAGUUCAAUCAUCUGGCACUUUGGCAGUACAAUAUUUCUUGAAGUCAUUUUUCACAUAUGGCAAAAUUCUUCCAAAUGUGGUUGAAAAUAGCUGGUUAUGAUGAAUUAUGCAUGGAUUUUUGCCAAUCGAAACAGAGAAAUACUUUGAAUGAAUAAUAAAGUAAAUUAGACAACUUUAUAACUGGCGAAUCUGUCCAGCUAGCUUAUUGUAGUUUUAAAGUAGCUAUCUGCUAUUAAAGUAGUAAAAAAUUAGUAACACUGGAUGUUAAAUGGGAAUUGAGCUGUCAGUUGACCUUUGAAAUGUACAUGAGAAAUCCUUUCACAUUUAUGUGCGCCAUUUAAUAAUUUUAGUAUCCUUUCAGGAUAAGUACAUCACCUGACUAAAACUGCUUUUUUGAUUUUUUUUCUUCUUGUUAUUCAUGUUGGUUCAGUUUAAUCCUUUGUUCAAAUUUUAUAUUCUUUGUUUUGGAGGCAUGGUAAUGUAUGAUAAUGAGUUUCAAACAGAGGGAAGAAAAAUCUAACUCAAAUAUAAAAUUGAAUUAUAAUGUACAAAAUGUGGUUUCUUUGCUUUGCAGGGGCCAAGAAAGUGCAGGAAUAGUCACCAAUGAUGGCAAACAAUUUCACCAGCACAAGGGGAUGGGUUUAGUAAACCAUAUAUUCCAAGAGCAGCACAUCAAAUCCCUGCCUGGACACAUGGGGAUUGGACAUACGCGGUACUCAACAGCAGGUGCCUCGGAACUCGUCAACUGUCAGCCUUUUGUUGUUGACACUAUACAUGGUCACAUGGCAGUUGGACAUAAUGGUGAACUUGUAAAUGCAAAGGCAUUAAGGAAAAAAGUUCUUAUGCAAGGAACUGGUCUGUCCACAGGCAGUGACAGUGAAGUUAUUACACAGUUGUUGACGGCGACCCCACCAUGCGGGGAACCAGAUGGUGCCAACUGGCCUGGAAGAAUUUAUCAGAUGAUGCAGCUUACGCAGUUAUCGUAUUCGCUAGUGAUCAUGACACAGGACUGUAUCUAUGCUGUCAGGGAUCCCCAUGGCAACCGGCCUUUGUGUAUUGGGAAACUAAGAAACUUGAAUGACAGCCCUGAACUGUCACGGCUUGGUGGAGAAGUAAUCCACUCUGGAUAUGACAGUGAUUGUAUUGAUGAUAGCACUCUGGGCUGGGUUGUAUCCUCUGAGUCUUGUGGCUUUCACUCAUUUGGCGCGUCCAUGUGCAGGGAGGUAAAACCAGGAGAAAUUGUUGAGUUAACCACAAAAGGUUUUAAGUCCAUGAGGAUUGUUUCUCUGCCAGAUCCAGAAAAACCUAUGUCAUUCUGUAUCUUUGAGUAUGUGUACUUUGCUCGGCCUGACAGCAUGUUUGAGGGACAGAUGGUGUAUAGUGUGCGACAACAGUGUGGUAAACAGUUAGCAAUUGAAGCGCCAGUAGAAGCCGAGCUUGUGAGCACAGUCCCAGAGUCUGCUACCCCGGCAGCAUUAGGUUACUCAUUACAUACUGGCAUUCCAUACGUUGAGGUGCUCACCAAGAACCGUUACGUUGGACGGACAUUCAUUCAACCCAGCAAUAGGCUUAGGAAGCUGGGUGUGGCCAGGAAAUUUGGACCACUGUCAAUGAAUUUUAAGGGAAAGAGGGUUGUUCUGAUUGACGAUUCCAUUGUGCGAGGAAAUACAAUAGGUCCUAUUGUCAAGCUAUUGAAACAGGCAGGAGCCAAGGAGGUGAGCGAUUAAAUAGGUCUCGGGAGUUGUACCCGGAUAAAACCAACUGCCAAAUUGUAAAUGAAAGUGGGUAGCCUGUGCCUCAGACAAAACUAGACUUGUGGUUAAGACCGUCUGCAAAGUAAAAUCUUGUUCUGGGCUUCCACCUGUGUACCAGGAUUUGAGGACGCACCAUGAUUGGCAUGUUAAAAAUGCCAUUGUUGGUUCGCCAAUCUGGUUGAAGGGAAAUUCCAAUGCAUUUCCAGUAACUCGUUGAGCUUGUGGGGCUGAGAACAAGUAUAUCAGCCCUGCUUUCUAAAUUUUACUUUGAGGUAAAGAAUGGCAGUCCUUUUACAGGAGAAUUCAUUAUAACGUGGGAUUGUUAUAUCAGGGCUUCACGUCACUUAGCUCUACACCCCAGCUUGGAAAAAUAUAAAUAAUGUGGCCUUUACUGAUGGUCCUGAUUCCAGCCCAAUUAAUAAUUGUGUUGAGCAGGCCCUGGUUGUGAAACGCAGAAUAGCUUUAUCCACCAGAUAGAUCACUCUCUAUCAGAUAGGCAUAGGAUUACCAAAUUCCAUCAUCCACUGGAUAGCAUUCUCGGAUCAUUAUACGUUUCUGGAAAACUGCCCACCUACCCCUCCCCUAAGCCAACAUUUUGCCCUAAGUCAGAAGUAUGUGUUAAUAUUGGCUUAGGGGAGGGGUAGGUGGGCAGUUUCCCAGAAACUUAUAAAAAUCUGCAUUCUCCACCUUUUAAACAACUGUGGCCAGAAUGUUUUUAGUUGUGUUAUUAUCUUUUUUGUUUUGCUCAUGUUUAGGUCCACAUACGAGUUGCAUCACCCCCAUUAAAACAUCCGUGCUAUAUGGGAAUCAACAUCCCAACAAGAGAAGAGUUGAUUGCAAACAAGAUGAGUGCUGAUGAACUAGCAAAGCAGCUUGGAGCAGAUAGUAUAAUCUACUUGACUUUAGAGGGACUCCUGACGGCAGUACAGUCUGGGAUACCAAGCUCUGCUGGUAAAAAGGACGGUCACUGUACAGCAUGUUUGAAUGGACAGUAUCCAGUUGAGUUGGAUUGGUAAAGUGAAAAGGCUCUAAGAUAUGGUGUAAUGAAUGCUUAUAUACACCUGUUGCAGUGCAUCGCAUAAACCAUAUUCAGCCAGAUGCUGCAGUCUUUUCAAGCCUUUGCAAGUUAAUAGGGUUUUUACAUGACUCAGUGCCAUAUCAAGAGAAUUCUGGUACUGUUCUCAGUAAAAAAGUCUUUGACUAGACAGUCUUUUUUAGUAGUUAGAUUCACAAAAGAGUAGUAACCAAAUAAUGCAGACUCAAGGGGGAAUCUAAUCUAGUUUUUACCUCUCGUAAAGGCGUAAAGGUUGUCAUUGUAUUUCAGUUCAAGGUUUUUCUUAGUUUGAAGGCUACAGAUGUCUGGUUGCUUAUCUUUGACACCAAAAACAGUCAAACCCUGAAGAUUACAAUACAAAUUGUACAAAUUUGUCGCUUUAUUUCCUUUGUCAAUCCUGUAUAUAGAAAUAUGCUCUACCUGGUGCUCAAAUAUACAAUUUGACAGUUAAAACUACCCAGCAUUCAAGUUGACUAUUUUGCAAGUAAAUUUUUAAAGUAGGGCCCUUUUAGUCCCCCCUAGCUACUGCAUGUCCAACGAAAAUGUGUGUGCCAUGGCGGCAUAAAAAAGUGCCUUAAUAUAUUUAUUGUCUUUCCAUAUUUUUAUUUCCUUACUACUUUUUUUAGGCAAUUUAUUUUUUGUUACUUAAAUAUUCAUCUUACUGCAAUGGCAACAGUAAGAUGGUUGGAAGAAUUUAUUACUAGCGUAAGGUGUGGGUUUGUGUGCAUCUAAGAUAUUAACAUAAAAAUGGUGUCAUUACCUAAGUGCAAUAUUUUUUGUGUGGAACUUUUUUUCAGAUGUGU